CUGCUGCUGCUCCUCCUCCACCGCCGCCUUUUCGGAGCGAGCUGCCGGGGACGGCUGGCUGGCUGAGCGCACAUGGGCAGAGGCAACCGAGACGCCCCAGCCUGGCGCACGCAUGACUGAGCGGAAGAAUCGCCCGCCAAGAAUCCCCGGCAGGUCAAGGCAGGGCAGGGAUGUGGCUGCGGCUGCCAUGAGACAGAAACUCCGGCGUGGUGGUGGAUGUAGGAAGUAGCAGAGCGGCGACCGAGACCGAGAGGCAGAGAGAGAAGCUCCCCCUGGCUGGAGUCUCCCGCCUGUAGGAGAAGGAGCAGGCGGCGGCGGCGGCGCAGGAGGAGGCGGCUGAGAGCCGCCUGAGCAGCUGCCCGUCGCCUCGCCAUGGAUUGCAGCCGCCUCAGGACUCUUAUUAAUAGAUACUGUGCUGGAGAAGAGAAUUGGGUGGACAAUCGGACUGUUUAUGUUGGGCACCGUGAACCCCCUGCAGGCACCGAAGCGUACAUUCCACAGAGGUAUCCGGAUAACAGAAUAGUCUCCUCAAAGUACACUUUUUGGAACUUUGUCCCAAAGAAUUUAUUUGAGCAGUUCCGAAGAAUAGCUAACUUUUAUUUUCUCAUCAUUUUUCUUGUACAGUUAAUUAUUGACACACCAACUAGCCCAGUGACAAGUGGACUUCCACUUUUCUUUGUCAUCACUGUAACAGCUAUUAAACAGGGCUAUGAAGAUUGGCUUCGUCACAAAGCCGACAAUGCAAUGAACCAGUGUCCUGUUCAUUUCAUUCGACAUGGCAAACUGGUUAGAAAGCAGAGCCGCAAACUCAGAGUUGGAGAUAUUGUAAUGGUAAAAGAAGACGAAACAUUCCCUUGUGACUUAAUAUUUUUGUCCAGUAGUCGGGCAGAUGGAACAUGUUUUGUUACGACAGCAAGUUUGGACGGUGAAUCCAGUCAUAAGACAUAUUAUGCUGUCCAAGAUACAAAAGCCUUUCAAAGCGAACAGGAUAUCGACACAUUGCAUGCUACCAUUGAAUGUGAACAACCUCAGCCUGAUCUUUAUAAGUUUGUUGGUCGGAUAAAUAUUUACCACGACAGAGAUGAGCCUGUUGCAAGGCCAUUGGGAUCUGAAAAUGUGCUUCUUAGAGGAGCCACGUUGAAGAACACAGAGAAAAUAUUUGGUGUUGCUAUCUACACUGGCAUGGAAACAAAAAUGGCAUUGAACUACCAAUCAAAAUCUCAGAAACGAUCUGCUGUGGAAAAAUCCAUGAAUGUAUUUCUUAUUGUAUACCUCUGUAUUCUGAUCAGUAAAUCACUAAUAAAUACUGUCCUGAAAUACGUGUGGCAAAGUGAGCAGUUUCGCGAUGAGCCUUGGUAUAAUGAGAAAACAGAACUAGAACGGAAAAGAAAUGUGUUUAUUACAGCAUUUACAGAUUUCCUUGCCUUCAUGGUUCUUUUCAACUACAUCAUUCCUGUAUCCAUGUACGUCACAGUAGAAAUGCAGAAGUUUCUUGGUUCUUAUUUUCUUACCUGGGAUGAAGAAAUGUUUGAUGAAGAAACAGGUGAAGGGCCGCUGGUGAAUACCUCUGACCUCAAUGAAGAGUUGGGACAGGUUGAAUAUGUCUUCACAGAUAAAACAGGGACCUUAACAGAGAACAAUAUGGAGUUCAUAGAAUGUUGCAUUGAGGGCCAUGUGUAUGUUCCUCAUGUCAUCUGUAAUGGCCAAAUUCUCCCUGAUUCUGCUGGUAUUGAUAUGAUUGAUUCUUCCCCAGGAGGAAGUGGCAAAGACAGAGAAGAACUCUUUUUCCGGGCUCUGUGCCUUUGUCACACCAUUCAAGUGAAGGAAGAUGACAACGUGGAUGGGUUGAAGAAAGCACAGCUGUCGGGGAGGUCUGCCGUGUAUAUUUCAUCAUCCCCUGAUGAAGUUGCUUUAGUUGAAGGGAUUCAGAGGCUUGGUUACACCUAUUUAAGACUGAAGGACAAUUUUAUGGAAAUCUUGAAUCGAGAAAAUGAUAUUGAAAGGUUUGAACUAUUGGAAAUCCUUAGUUUUGAUUCUGUAAGGAGACGAAUGAGUGUGAUAGUUAAAUCGGCUAAAGGAGAAAUAUUUCUGUUUUGUAAAGGAGCAGAUUCAUCUAUUUUCCCCAGAGUUGCAGAAGGCAAAAUAGACCAGAUUAGAUCAAGAGUUGAGCGCAAUGCAGUGGAGGGCCUUCGAACGUUAUGUGUAGCGUAUAAGAAAUUCACCUGUGAAGAAUACGAGAAUGUGCAGAAGCAGCUGCAGGAGGCCAAACUGGCCCUUCGGGAUCGGGAGAAGAAACUGGCUGAGGCCUAUGAGCAGAUAGAAAAGGGACUUAUCCUGCUUGGUGCUACAGCAGUUGAAGACCGAUUACAGGAAAAAGCUGCUGAUACAAUCGAAUCUCUGCAAAAAGCUGGCAUUAAGGUUUGGGUUCUGACGGGAGACAAAAUGGAGACUGCCGCAGCUGCCUGCUACGCCUGCAAACUAUUCAGAAGAAGUACUCAAAUACUUGAGUUAACUACCAAGAAAAUAGAGGAGCAGAGCUUGCACGAUGUGUUGUUUGAUUUAAGCAAGACUGUCCUAAGGCACAGCGGCAGUUUAACAAGGGACACCUUCUCAGGGCUUUCAGCUGAAAUGCAAGAUUAUGGUUUAAUUAUUGAUGGAGCAGCAUUAUCAUUAAUAAUGAAACCACGGGAAGAUGGGAGCUCUGGUAACUACAGAGAGAUCUUCCUUGAAAUCUGUAGGAACUGCAGUGCAGUUCUAUGCUGUCGCAUGGCUCCUUUGCAAAAAGCACAGAUUGUAAAAUUAAUUAAAUGGUCAAAGGAGCAUCCAAUCACGUUAGCAAUUGGUGAUGGAGCAAAUGAUGUCAGCAUGAUCCUGGAAGCACAUGUUGGCAUUGGCCUUAUUGGGAAAGAAGGCCGCCAAGCUGCAAGAAACAGCGACUAUGCAAUACCCAAAUUUAAACAUUUGAAAAAAAUGUUGCUUGUUCAUGGGCAUUUUUAUUAUGUCAGGAUAUCUGAACUUGUGCAAUACUUCUUUUAUAAGAAUGUCUGUUUCAUUUUUCCUCAGUUUUUAUACCAGUUCUUCUGUGGGUUUUCACAGCAGCCUUUAUAUGAUACUGCGUAUCUUACCCUGUACAAUAUCAGCUUCACUUCACUUCCUAUCCUGCUGUAUAGUCUCAUGGAGCAACAUGUCAGUUCAGAUACACUCAAGAGAGACCCUACACUGUACAGGGACGUUGCCAAGAAUGCUCACCUACGCUGGCGCGUAUUCAUUUACUGGACAUUCUUGGGAGUAUUUGAUGCUGCCGUCUUUUUCUUUGGUGCCUAUUUCCUGUUUGACAGCUCAACUGUGACCAGCAAUGGACAGCUAAUGACAGCCAACACCCACAUGAUGUUUGGAAACUGGACCUUUGGGACACUGGUAUUCACUGUGCUGGUAUUCACUGUUACCUUGAAGCUUGCACUGGAUACACACUACUGGACUUGGAUCAAUCACUUUGUGAUCUGGGGAUCACUGCUUUUCUACAUUGUCUUUUCCCUUCUCUGGGGAGGGAUCAUCUGGCCUUUUCUCAAUUACCAGAGGAUGUACUAUGUGUUCAUGCAAAUGCUGUCUAGUGGUCCUGCAUGGCUGGGUAUUAUUAUGCUCAUAACGGUGAGCCUUCUUCCAGAUGUUCUGAAGAAAAUUUUAUGCAGGCAAUUAUGGCCUACAGCAACAGAAAGAAUCCAGAAUAAAUCAAGCCAUGGUCGGGACCAUUUUUCAGAAUUCACACCUCUUGCCUCUCUGAAGAAUCCAAGAUACAGGAGCAAUGACUGCAAAAAUACCCCAGCAAGAAGGUCUAGUUCUCAUUCUAAAAAAACAAUGUUUACGCAUUGGAGAAACUAUGAUUAUUCAGUACUCCCCUCCAUCUUUGGCUAUUCCAAUAAUAAGCGUUGUGAUUCCAGUGCCAGGUACUACCACAGGGGUUCAGGUCUGGAAACAUCUCUAUGAGAGAUCACCAACUCAAGCCUUUAAGAACUAGCAACUAUUCCUCCCUCAUUCCAAACCCCCCUCCCACUACAUCUUCAAAUGACCGUUUAACAGCACUGAUUGAAAUUUUGCUGGCUUUAACUGUCCGAUGUAAGAGUCUUGACAAACUGGAUCAAAGAGCAUGGAGUACAAAUCUUUCCCAGGAGUCUUGGCCUUCCUUAUUAUGUUUUAAACUGUUGAAGCAAUGGAUUUUUCUACACAGUCUGGCACUGUGAGGAUGAACAGCACUGUAAUUUCACUC